UGUGCUGUUACGUAAAACAGUAUGUAUACACUACCAGGAAGUAACUUUUUUUUUCACCUGUACAGUUUCGGAUUUCCCCAAUCUCAUUUCUGAAAAUACUCAAUCACAAUAAAGGACCUACAACACAGACUAACGACAGAUUCCAAUUGUCUAACCUACAAUGGCGAUUUGUAAGAACGAUUCCUGACCCCUGUUCACACGGCUGUAAUUGUGUGGAUUGAAACCCCUGGUUUGGACUCAAGGUUGCUUAUUUUUGCUGAGAUGUCAGAUUCCUACCAGUUUAAUUCCUUAAACAUAAACGCUCUAAAGGAGCCUAUCUUGAAGAAACUAAGUGAAUUGCUGGACAAGACCAACAGCAAAAAUGGAUGGCGUAAACUUGGGGAAAUAGCUGGGAAUGACAGACGCUUCAGAGUCAGUGGAAAUGACAUGGAAAACUGUUCCCUCAAAGUGCUUGAGCUGGAGGGCAGCCCAUCUCGAAGUUUGCUCUGGCUGCUGGGUGACCAGGGAUGUACUGUCAAAUAUCUCCUAGAGUUCCUUGAGGCAAUGGGCCAUGUAGAAGCUAUCCAGUGUUUAAAGCCCCCAGGAAUAAAAAUCAUCAUUCAGCCGCAGUCUCAGGCAGUGCUAGCUGGUCAGACUGUAAGACUAGGCUGCCAUGCUGCAGGACAUUCCAACAUUCAGUACCAGUGGUUUAAAAGCAAAGAAGAGGUUCCACAUGGGAAUUCCCCAGAGCUGGUUAUCAACCCUGUCCAUGUAAAUGAUUCAGGCUUCUACAUCUGCAGAGUAAACUCUGGAGGAUCCUUUCAAUUCAGCCAAUGGGCGCAGCUAGAAGUAUGUGACAUAACUGCAGUUUACGGCUCAAUGUUUAAUUCCACUGAAGGCCGGCUAAAGAUUGCCAUCCAACCUCAAACUCAGAAGCUGAUGAUCGGAGACACUCUAGACCUGGAGUGUGGUGCAGUGGGGAAGCCCCUUCCCAAAUACCAAUGGUAUAAAAAUGGGGCCCCACUGAAAGAUGCAACCAAGAAGAGAUACACGAUGCAUGAUAUCACCUUGGGUCAUCAGGGAAAGUACUGCUGCCGAGUAUCCAAUGAGCUUGAGCACCUAUGGAGCCGGGAGGUUGAAAUUGUCAUUGGGCCAAGACAUUGUUGGGGGUUUUUAGGAGCAAUGGAAUGUUCUGAAGAUGAUAUUAACAUCUUCGGGGAUAGUUAUUCUGACAGUGUGAAACCAGGAUGUGCUGAAAGAAUUGAUGCUACAGAUAAAGUGGCCCUGCUGAUUGGUAACAUGUCGUAUAGGAACCACCCCAAGCUGAAGGCCCCAAUGGUUGAUGUGUACGACCUGACAAACUUGCUUCGGCAGCUCAAUUUUAAAGUGGUGUCUCUCCUUGAUCUGACCGAGUCUGAGAUGCGCAAUGCUGUGGACGAGUUUCUACUACUCCUGGAUAAAGGAGUCUAUGGUCUCCUCUAUUAUGCUGGUCAUGGGUAUGAGAACUAUGGCAACAGUUUCAUGGUUCCUGUUGAUGCCCCCAACCCCUAUAGAUCUGCAAACUGCCUGUGUGUCCAGAGUAUUUUGAAACUGAUGCAGGAGAAGGAGACUGGCUUAAAUGUCUUCUUGUUGGAUAUGUGCAGGAAAAGGAAUGUUUAUGAUGACAUUAUACCUAAUGUAGAGGCCUUAAGGGUGACCGCCAAUAUUGUCUUUGGAUAUGCAACGUGUCAAGAUGCUGAAGCAUUUGAGCUCAACUCAACAGGAUUCACAAAUGGUGUUUUUAUCAAAUUCCUCAAAAAACGCUUGCUGGAAGAUGAGAAGAUUACUGUUCUUCUGGACAAAGUGGCUGAAGAUAUGGGCACGUUUGAUCCAACCAAAGGGAAGCAGGCUUUGGAGAUCCGCAGCAGCUUGUCAGAGAAGAGGGCUUUAACUGACCCCAUACAGUCGUCAGGCUGCUCGGAGGAAAUCAUGGCACGCAAUCUGCAAUGGGAAAAGGCUCAUGAACUUCCCGAAAGUAUGUGCCUGGAGUUUGACUGUGGAGUCCAGAUUAAGCUGGGAUUUGCUGCAGAGUUCUCUAAUGUCAUGGUGAUUUACACUAGCAUUGUGAAAAAGCCAGAGGACAUGACAUCCUGUGAGGCGUACGUUACAAAUUUCACACCGGACCUAGAUGUGGACCCCAAGGAGACUAACAAAGUAACCCCAGAAGAAACAGGCAGCUAUUUGCUGUCCAAGAGCCUCCCAGAACACUGUCUGUACACCAGGUUGAGCUCUCUGCAGAAACUCAAAGGGCAGCUUUCCUUUACGGUGUGCCUACAGGGCAAGUUCAACUCCAUGGAUGAUCUGGUGGACUGGAGAACAGAGGUCAACAUUGGGAAGCCCCUCAUUGCCAAGUUAGACAUUCACCGCAUGGUCAGAAGAAACAGCUGCCUUCAAACCUGUCACAUGCCACAUAGCCCUUCCCAUAGCCCCGCCCAUAGCCCCUCCCACAGCCCUGGGGUGGAGACCCACUAUCACCAGCACUACCCCCAGCACUAUCAGAAUUCCUACCUGGGGGUCUACCACCACAACCACCCUCUCAUGACCAUGGGUGGUACGAUGCCUGUGGAUAACGAAUGCUGCAUGUAUUCCAAUUUGUCUUCUUACAACCAAGAGGGGGAGUCUUACACAGUUUCUGCUAGCAGAGUUAACAUUCCCAUUGAGACUACUGCUGACAUAAACGAGCUGCAGACGAGCUUUAUUGACAGCCUUGAAAUUAAUAACAGAUACUUAUAAACAUUCCACAACUGAGACCAUGGUUAAGGCGUACAGACAAUGAACUGUACAUCCCAUAUGUUACUGACUAAUAUCUUGUUUAGCAUUGGUUUUCCCUUAAUUAUUUAUGAUAAGUAAUAGAAGGGAGUAUAUUUUUAGGAACUUUUGACUAAUUUCCUUUUACUUGUAUCAAUUGAAAGGGAAUUAUAAACAAUGGUUGUCCAGUAUGUAAUUAUAGUAAAGUACUAGCAAAUUGGGAAUUAUGUCUGUAUGAUUUGUAAUCAUUGGGCUGUAUGUGGGAUGUUAGGAUUUCUUGAACUCCGGUGAAAGCACCUUAGCACAGACUUACAGUUGAGUUACAGAAGUAAUUUGAGUAAUUAUAAUUUGAACCACUCAGAAUGAUUACUAACUUAAAAAAAUAAAAAAUAAAAAAUAAUAAUAAUAAUGUUGAAGUGAAUUACUCUUUAAGAACUGAUAUUCAAAUCAACAGACAUUGGGGUCUAUUUUUAUUUCCAGUGGAAAACCCUGCUGGUGUUUUAUCCACUUUCUAACAUUUGAACCAGCACUAAGACAGAACUGGACAAGCUUCAGUAGCAAAUAGCGCUGGUUGCCUGGUGCUUUUGAAAUAAUAUUUUCUGACAGUAAUACAGUAUACCGCUGAGGGUUAAGUGUCUGCUAAAGGUUGACUUUUAGACUUUAGAAUAACUUACAACUGUAACAACAGGAAGGAAGAUUGAUCUUUAGUAGUAUCCUAUGUACAGAUAUAUUAAACAGGAAUGAGGAUCUGUACAAAUCAAUCCUAAUUCAAAUACCUAUAGAUAGACCCAGUGACAAGUCAUUUGUCAUGGGUUUUGAUUAUGCGCUGGCAUUGCUGGCUAAAGGUCAGCUUCCAUGAGUCUGCUGAGCAAUUUUGUUUAUUGCUUCUUCAAAUAUGUCUCCUGUAAUUGGAAACAAAGUUUGUCUGCUUGUCUUUUAUUGUUUAAACAACUGCCAUUCUA